ACCGAAUUCCCAUCAUCCGUUUCGACCCCUUCCCCUCAUCCACUUGCCAGGCGUCGUCCAGCCCUCGUUCCUCAUCGUUCCCGCCGUCGCCGCCGUCUUACCCAGCCAUUCCCUGUGCUGCUGCCCCCGCCACAGCCGCUCCCUGCUCGCUGCGCCCGUAUUUUCGUCAGCACAGCUCCCAUGCCGACAUGUCGACGCAAGCGGGUCGUUCUCACCCAGCCAUCCGAUGAACUCCUACAGUCUGUCAAGACAGACCCUAACAGAGAGGUCUUCUAUCUGAGGCAUACUGGCGAGAUCUUCGAAACAUACGAGGCGUAUGCCGCACGUAUGUCCUUUUACAGAUUGAAGCAGUUCCAGUGCGAGGUCACCGGAAAAAGUGGUCUCGACUAUUUUCAGGCUCUCGAAAGUGAACGACAAGAAGCUCGAACAUUACACGCACGAUUCUCCGCGCCACUCAAGCCAGCCAUCUUGAAGGCCGUCCAAUGGCAGGUUGUCGGUCGACUUGAUCAUCUUGUCGAAGCAGUGUAUGAACGUUUCAAGGACCGUUACUUCAAAGGAGAAAGGGUGCUUGUCGAUUUACAAGGAACCAAGUACUAUGGCACCGUCGAUACGGUCUACCCUCCGAAGUUUUAUCAAGAUCAGGAUGCUCGUGACGCGCGCAAGGAAAACAGAGGGUCCUCGCCCAAAGCCGAACUAGACGAACCUCAUCUCAUCACUGGUGACUUAAAGAUACCAGCCGCAGAAGUUAAUGCCCAAGACAGGCCAGAGAGAUACUUCUACUGGGUUCAAAUUACUGAACCAGAGAAGGAAAAAGCGCACGACAAGGCCAAAAAUGCGAAAAAACAAGAUGAAGAUACCGUUGGCAGUUUGAUGGAAGUUACAUGCCAGUUAAUGAGUCGAGAUCGCCUUUCUUUCUCUAAAUCUAUACUGCGUCGGUUCAUCCGCGACUGCGUUGAUCGUGAUGCCGCGGUCGCUUCGCCUUGGACUGUCAAGCCUGCUAUUGCCAAGCGGUAUGGCGUCGACUCCGUGAUGCCUGAGGAGACUCGCAAGGACGUCGAAUCAAUCAAGAAAGGUGAAAUCGACAAACGCAAGAAAGUCUGGGAGGAUAAAGAAGGGCCGCCUUCUAAAAGGCAGAAAAAGAUGACAGCGGCACAGGAGGAAAGAGCCGAGAAACGUGAGCGCGAAGCUCGCGAGAAGGCGGAAAAACAGAGACUGGCGAAAGAGGAGGCGGAAAGAAUCGCAGCAGAAAAGAAGAAGAAGAAACCAGUUCGUUAUCCAACUGAGGACCUGGAUGUGAGGUUAGCGGACAAGGACAAAAAGGCCGGUAUGAAAAUCCAAAAACCGAUACCUAGUCGCACUUCGCUUCCUUUCAACGAUUCUCCUGGUACCUUUGAGGCCUUUUUGAUGAGUUGGAAUUUCUUGAUUGUAUAUGGGUACGUUGCAUCAAACAUUUCAGUUCUUUUAGAAACUUAUAUGUCUACAGUCAACCACUUCAUCUCUCAACUUUCACUCUGGACGAGUAUGAGCAUGCCUAUACGUCACUCCGUUGAAGAUCCUCCGUGCCCUUUGCUCGCCGAAAUCCAUUCUAUCCUCAUAUAUAAUCUGCGGACGGUUCCAUUCCAUCGGCAUAGUGCGGUUAUGUCACUUAUCGACGAGGAGGCGUCUACUGGUAGUGAUAUGCUGUUGGGCCAGUCCAUCUCGAAUCUUACAGCUGCAAUGGCUGAUAUUGGCAACAACUGGGAAAGAGUCCCGUUACGGCAUGCAGAAGGUCGACAAGGUUGGGAGGAUGCGCUGGUCGGUUGCUUGAAGGAUCACGCUAACACGACCAACUUCCCUCUUCUGCGAGAAAUAUUGACGAAGUUAUUGUUUGCACCCGAGGAGGCCAAUGAGCCUUCCACGUCCUCGAGUGCAUCUAGCUCACGUUCGCCUGCCCCUCAGUCUUCGUUGUACACUGUGCCGUCUUCCCCCGCCGAACGGUAUCAUUCUUUGCCACCGGUGGACCGCAUAGCAAUCCUCUCUUUCCUGACCAACCUUGCUGUCUCCAGCAAGGCAAUCCACGCUCACAUGGAAUCCUGUGAGGAACAGCUGACUGCUCUUCGCAAGGAGAAGAUUGAAGUCAACCGUUCCAAGAAACAACUUGCUGAAGAAAUGAACUCUCUUCUUGGAGAAACCAAGGACAAUUCCAUACCUCCUGAUGAAGAUAUCUCGAUGCAGGAAGCCAGUGACUCUGAAGUAGCUGCUUCUGAUGCUGCUUCUGACUCACUGUCGACGUCAAAGAAAGGAUCCUCCCGCCAGAAGGAUCUUCGUCAAAAGAUGCAAACCCAAGCAAAGCAACGUGAAGCUGCACGUGCUAAGCAAGCCUCUGUCAAGCAAGCCAUGGCCGAACACCGGAGACUCGACGAAGAAGUCAACAAGAUCGAACGGAGACUUGAAGGCAUCGAACGUGAAUUCAGGAAAUUAUUGGGCGGUGUCAGAGUGAAGCCGCUGGGGCGGGAUAGAUUCUACAACCGUAUCUGGUGGUUUGACGGCCUAGGGUCGGCGUCGUUAGUGGGGAGUGGCGGUGUAGCGCAAUACGGGACGGGUAGGAUUUUCAUUCAGGGUCCUAGCGAGACAGAUAUGGAGCUUUUGAGACUCCGGCAAAAGAAGAAGGAGAAGAUGGUAUCCUUGGACCUGGAGAGUGGGCCGCCUACUCCUGAGUUGGAAGAGCUUGACGAAUUUGUAGCAUGGCUAAAUCCCAAGGGUCACAGGGAAGUCGCCCUCAAGGCUGCCCUAACCAAGUGGUGGAUUCACAUAACUUCUGGUAUCAGGAAGCGUACCGCGGACGUUCAAGUCAAUGCUAAACUCCCUGAAGCAAGGCGUAGCACCCGAACCAAGGCUCAUGCGGGCUACGAUAUAUCCAGAGAGCCCUACAUGAUGUGGACAAAUCGCCGAGCAGUGAAUACCUCUUAACUAUCCUCCUAGCUAUACGAUCUCUUAUCGUGUCGUCUCCGCACACCUUGCAUCUGUGUUCCAGGCCAUCACUUGAUUAUUAUAGACACCGCGAUCCUGCGUGACAUUGCAAUUACUUCCAGUCUCUGUUUUAUUGACUCUUGCCUACAUUAAAUUACUACUUGCCACAGUUAUUUAACAUAUGGUGUAUAAAAGUACAUAGGAGCCACGUUGCCAGUGUUGUAACCAAAUUUAGAUAGCCUGAUAACACGCUCUUUUCGUGAAUCCUGUC